GAGCACCGGGCCUCCUCAGUUGCACGAAGCAAACGCCACCAGGCCCAUCUUAACUAAACGGCUUUUUGUCGUAUUAGGAGCAGCCAGGGACGCAACGCAACGCACGCAAGCGGAGGAGGGGAAAAGCGUUCAAAUGGGCAUGCGUGCGUUUGUGCAUCGGUAUGUAUGAAUGACGGGGGAAGGGAGGGGACGGUCAUGUCGUGUUACCAUUUUUCCUGGCUGUGGCCAGCUCGUCAUGGAUGGUGUGCGUGAUGCGGUACAUACUGUGUGUAUGUAUGUGUGUAUGUGCGAGUGCGUCUGUUUGCACCUACAUACGUGCCUAUGCCUCGCGCAGAACGGAGCGGAGCGGAGCGACGACGUCGGGGACGGCGAGGGGGAUGGUCCGCGGCGCCCGUGGUGCUUGCUUCGUUUUCUCCAGAGCGGGUUUUUUGUCUUGUCAUGGCAUGCUUACUGCAUGGUUAGUUGGAGGCAUGGGAGGAAGGGAGGGAGGGCCGGGCCUUCGCUGCUGUGGGUGGAUGGAGGCGGCCGGAUGCUCAACAGGGUGAGGUGUUGUGAUUGGGCGACACGAUCCGUGAGUGAUUGGGGGAGCAAAGGAAAAGGGUUCAGGAACAGGGGUACCGGGUCGCGAUUCCUAUGCUGUAACUAGAAUACACACCAUGUAUGUAUGGUGUAUGGAGGCGUGGACAUGUAUGUGCAUGGGGAACCCGAGUGAGAGGGACCUAUAUCCGUUCGCGUGGGUUGCAAGUACAGACUGGCGUCAUGUAUGUAUGUAGCCAUGUACGUGGUCAGUCAGCCGGUAGUUGUGUUACUUGCUCUCAUGUAGGUAUGUACGAGGAUGUUGAAAA